AUGCCGUCAUCAAGCCUUUGCCAAGAGGCACCAAGCCCUCCAUAUCGAUUCAUGGACGAUUAUAGCGAAGGAGCACACCCUCAAAUUCUGGAAGCUCUCCUACGGACAAAUUUAAUUCAACAAGUCGGUUACGGAGAAGAUGAAUAUUCCAAUACAGCCCGCCAAUUAAUCCGCGAGAAGAUUGGAUGCACGGAAGCCGAAGCAGAUAUCUUCUUCGCGCCGAGUGGAACAUCCGCAAAUCUCAUCUCAAUUGCCAGUUGUCUGCGCCCUUACGAGGCUGUCAUCACAUGUGACACUGGCCAUAUCGCCUGCAAAGAGGCAGGAGCAAUUGAGGCGACCGGACAUAAGUUGAUUCUUGUUUCGCCGGUCGAUGGCAAGAUGACCACGGCGAAUCUGCGAAAAGCAUUUCAGAAAAAUACAUUUGGUCCGCAUAUGGCUAAGCCACGACUUGUUUAUAUCUCUCAAGCAACUGAGAUCGGAACAAUAUAUUCUAAGCGUGAAUUGACUAAUCUGUCGCUUCUGUGCAAGGAAUUAAAUCUGCUACUCAUGAUUGAUGGCGCAAGAUUGGGAAUGGCACUGAGCUCGAAGAAAAGUGAUAUGACGCUGAAGGAUAUUCAUGAACUCACUGAUAUCUUCUGGAUCGGCGGAACUAAAGCCGGUGCGUUGCUUGGUGAGGCGAUUGUGGUCAAGAAGGCUAUCUCUGAAGGAUUCGUCUUCUACCUCAAGCAGCAUGGAGCUUUGUUGGCCAAGGGCCGCAUUAUCGGUGUGCAGUUCAUGGAGUUGUUCCGUGAUGAACUUUUCUUUACUUUGGCAAGGCAUGCCAAUGAUAUGGCUGAGAAGAUCUCAGCUAAUUUCAUUGAGAUGGGGUAUGAAAUGGGGGCGGAGACGGUGACGAAUCAGGUGUUUCCGAUCCUUCCUCAAUGGCUCAUUAAGAGGUUGCAGGAUAGGUUCAACUUCUAUAUUUGGGAGGAAUUGGAUGAUGGACUUGCUUCUAUACGGCUUGUUACAUCGUGGGCUACGGAUGAGUUCCAGGUUGAUAAGUUCAAUGUCUGGGUGCGGCAGCUGACGAAAGAAUCGGUCAAUAAUUAG